UAUUUAGCUAUAUGUUCAGAUAUAAUGGCUUUUUAUGUUAUUUGAAAAUAUCCAUUAAUAUUUUAGAAACGCAAAUAUUUAUAUGAAAUAGCCAAUGCUGAUAUUUUACGUAAAGGGCCACUAGAGGUCCACAGUCCCCUAAUAAACAGAAUGACAAAUAAUAAAACAAAACAUGACAGGAUGAUAGCUUACUGGAUUUCACUUCAUGCAGUUUAUAUUGUCUAUACCUAAAUACAUUUUAAGCACAUUUUAGUUCAUAUUCAUGGUGUAGCCUACACUUAGAUGCUAAAAGAGGAUUUUUUUGUAUAUUAAGUACAAAAUUAGUGUGCACUUAAUAGAGCACUUUUCAGUAGGCUUACAUUAUAGAAAUGUACUUUUUUCACUAAAAGAAUAACAAGACACACAGUUUCAUGGGAAUAAAUAAAUGUGGGUUUGUUUUUAAUUUUGGUUUAGAUUUGAGUAUAAUCUUAAACGGGGUGAUUUCUGGCGAGGUACAGUCUCAGAGGACAGUCAAAACACCUCGUGCUCUGAAUUUGAUGAAAAACCAUUAUAAACUGAUAUAAACUUGCCAGGAAACCAGAAAAAAAGUCACUUCUGUUUGUUGUCAGAGUAUAAAACCAUCAACUAAUUCAAGACGUGGUUUUUAAGUGACACGAAGAAGCGAAGAGUCUCGAGAAAAGCAUUUGUGUGUUGAUUAAGUCUGUUUCAAAGGUAUAGUUCCUAAAAAUAUAAUGAAAAUUGGUGAAAAUGUGCUCACCCUCAGGCUAUGCAAGAUGUAGAUGAGUUUGUUCCUUCAUCAGAUGUGCACUUUGGAGCUGAAUACAAAGACAUGCACACUGGUAAGUGCCCUUCUUUAUGUACAGCCAGUGGACAUAUGAUAGCAGUGAUGUGCUUUACUGUAGGACACAUGUCUCUAAGAUCUCGUUAACUGAGAGACUCGUUGGGAUGUUUGACGGACAUUUCUCUAUGAAUGUGUGUCUGAGCUCAUCUGUGAUGUCUACUCUCUGUGAAGAUUACUCUGGGCAAGUGUUGACCAGUUACAGAAAGUGAUCGACAGCAUCAGGUCGAACCCAGAGGACCGGAGGAUCAUCAUGUAUGCGUGGAACCCUAAAGAAUGAUGACGAGCAGCAAAACGACUCUUGCUUUCCUCAUCUACGGGCUCCUCGUACAAUGCCACGUGUGUUCGCCGUUGAGUUACCCGAGCAUCAGGAUGGAGACCGCAGGAUUUAACGAGGAGGGACACUCGUUAACGGAUCUGACCUUUGACAGUGACCAGAUCUCUAUUCGAAGCUCUCCUUCAGUCACUGAAGACGCACUCACGUUAUACAGUCCUCCAUCGAAAAGACUGGAAAGGCACGCUGACGGGAUGUUUAAUAAAGCCUACCGGAAAGCGCUCGGUCAGUUAACCGCGCGGAAAUACCUGCACACACUGAUGGCCAAACGCGUAGGGGGAGGAAGCACGAUGGAGGACGACACCGAGCCGCUCUCAAAGCGUCACUCGGACGGGGUUUUCACCGACAGCUACAGUCACUACCGGAAGCAGAUGGCCAUGAAGAAGUAUCUGGCCGCAGUCCUGGGCAAAAGCCCUGAAGACUUAGAUUUGCACCAAUUGCUACAAGACGUAGACUUUGGUGUGUUCCCGGAUGGGGAUGAGAUUGGGGCAUUUUUAUUGGAUUGGCUGAGACAGUUCCCUCCUGAAUUCCCGGUGAGUUUCUAA